AACGGCUUAUCAGUGUCAGAGCCUUGACUUGACCGUGUGCACUGUACACGAACGGAGGAUGAAUAAUCAGCAUGUACAAGAGCCCAACCUGAUGCGAAUGGGCAGUGCUGCAGCUCAUGCGGCGGGACUGCGACUGUCUGGCAUGUCGCGCGGUGUACAAGAAUACGUGUACCUGUCUACUAGGUACCUUAGGUAGAUGGAAAAGGCUUACCCUACCACAAAGUCGAUGGCCAAAUUUACAUGCAAUGGCGAAGCGAUAUUAUCUGAUCCAUGUACCCUUUUGCUUCCAUUCCCAGUUCCAUCUAUUCGCUUGCGAGACGAAAGGGGUGUCGAUUUGAUAUGCAAAAGGCAACGUCGGUACGUACCUAUCUAGAUAUAGUACCUGCACUUGCGUACUACAGCGGUGUUCAGAUAUCGUUGCGUCGACGUCAUCGUCCGCGACGCCUGAGACGCUAUCCAGCAGCUUCCAAGGACUUUUUGGCCGCUGGCCGGAAAUGGAACUCGUCACUUACGCAACGCCAACGCAAGCUUCGGUUGUUUAUAAGAAUUGAUAUAACCUUUCCUCCUCUUCCUCUUCUCUUCUCUUUCUUCUCCAUUUCAAUUCCACACUUGGAUCCACAACAACACGCAUCAAUCAUUUAACACAGUCAAACACCAAGACUACUUCGAGAAGCAGGACUU